GGAGUACUUCCCUCCUAAACUGGUUGUGUUGGUCUGUGUGUGUGCGCGCGCGAGCUCCCGGCCCGCUCACCUGCAGGGAGGAGCCUCCCAGAAACUCUUCUUCCCGGGCCAGGUCCUCCGCCCGCACAAAACCGGCCCGAAACACCGGGGACCCACUCGGCUGCAGCCUGAGCCCGCGUCCGAGCCGCCGCCCGAGCCUGCGCCAGCGCUAUGUUUAAGGGGCUAAGUAAAGGCUCCCCUGGGAAGGGGGUCUCCAAGGGCUCUCCCAAGGGCUCCCCCAGCAAGCACACCAGGGCCUCCACCCAAGAAUUAGCACAACUCAUCACACGCAUGCAAGCCAAUGCAGACCAAGUGGAGAGGGACAUCCUGGAGACCCAGAGGAGACUGAAGCUGGACAGGACAAACAGUGAACAGAACCAAGCCCUCCAGUACCAAGAGGAGACUGGUCGGGACCUGAAGGAAGCUGAGAUGUUGCUGAAGGACCUCUUCCUGGACAUGGACAAAGCCAAGAGAAUGAAGCAUCCACAAGCGGCUGAGAUUGAGAAAGACAUCAAGCAACUGCAUGAACGGGUGACCCAGGAAUGUGCCGAGUACCGCGAGCUCUACGAGAAGAUCGUGCUGCCUUCUGACAUAACACCAAAAGUUGACUGGGCUCGGGUGCUGGAGCAGAAACAGAAGCAGAUCUGUGAGGGGCAAUAUGGCUCAGGCAUGCCAGAACUGGAGCAGCAAAUCGCCGAGCACAACAUCUUGCAGAGGGAGAUCGAAGCUUAUGGACAGCAGCUUCGCUGCUUCAGCGGCCCGGAUGCUGCAGCCAUCAAGAAUCAAUACCGAGAUCUACUGAAGGCAGCCACAUGGCGUGGGCAGAGUCUAGGCAGCCUCUACACCCACCUACAGAACUGUACCCGGCAGCUCGGUGCCCUGACUGAACAGCAGCGUCGCAUCCUUCAGCAGGACUGGAGUGACAAUAUGGCGGACCCCGUUGGGGUGCGCCAGGAAUAUGAGCACUUCAAGAGCCAGGAACUGCUGAUGCAGGAGCAAUGUGUAAACCAGUUAGAGGAUGAUGGGGAGCGUAUGGUGGAGCUCAAGCAUCCAGCUGUGGGACCCAUCCAGGCUCACCAAGAGGCCCUGAAGACUGAAUGGCAGAAUUUCCUGAACCUAUGCAUCUGUCAGGAGAGCCAGUUGCAAUGUGUAGAAGACUACCGCAGGUUUCAAGAUAACUUGGACGCUGCCGACCAGACACUGAAGAAAGUGAGCUCAACUCUGAACACGAAGGGCCAUCCUGGCCACGGGAGCCCUCCGGGGGCGGCCUCAGACUGGCUUCGGCAGUUGGAGGCUGAAGAAAGGCAGCUAAACACAUUGGAGAGGACAGUCAAAGACCUAAAGAAACAAGCCCAGGAUAUUUUCCCCCUCCCUCUUCGAAGGAAGCAUCUUGUGAAGCCCCUCCAGGUGGACAGCAUCUGCGACUGGGAUUCUGGCGACGUGCAACUAUUUCGAGGCGAAAAGUACACCCUGAAGGAUAACAGUGACCCCCAUACCUGGGUGGUGGAGGGUUCUGGUGGGGAGUCCAAGAGAGCCCCAGCUGCCUGCUUCUGUAUCCCCCCACCUGACCUAGAAGCCAUGGCCAGGGUUGGCAGGAUAGAUUGUGACCUGCAGGCGCUGAAGCAGAAAUGUAAGGACUUCCAGCGCAAUGCAAUGACCAGUUCCAGUGAGCUCGUGCGGCCCAGCAAGCAGGCUCCUUCAGGCUCUGCCCCAGUCAGCCCCCAAGCCCAGAAGCUGCUGACCCAGCUGACUCAGUUGGAUAGUAACCUGAACCAGAUAGAACAUGAGAUCCUGGGCUGGAUCCGUGCCCCCCUGAACCGCAGUGCCCCCCUGGAUGAUCUCAACACUCGUAUCCGGAGCCAGGAGAACGUCACCCGGAGGCUGCAGGGCCUGGAAGCUGAAAAGGAGGCCACACAGAAGGAGUGCGAGUCUCUCCUGUCCUCCAAGCCAGCCGGACCCGCGGGGCUUCACCUGCCAGUGACCCUUAACAACGUCAAGAACAAAUUCAGUGACGUGCAGGUCCUCUGCAGUCUCUACGGGGAAAAGGCAAAAGCGUCCCGCGCCCUGGAACAGCAGAUCCAGGCCUCGGAGAAGGUGAUUCGGGGCUUCGAGUCCGGCUUGGCGCAGGAGGCGCCCAUCGCCGCGGGCCCUGGCGCCCUGCAGGAGCGGAUCAGUCAGCUGCAGCGGCAGAGACGGGAGCUGCUGGAGCAGCAGGCCUGCGUCCUGGGCCUGCACCGGGAGCUGAAGGCCACCGAGCAUGGCUGCGGCGCGCUACAAAACAACUUCCAAGAAUUCUGCCAAGAUCUGCCCCGCCAGCGGCGCCAGGUGCAGGGGCUCACCGACCGCUACCACGCCGUGGCCGACCAGCUGGACCUGCGGGAGAAGGCCGUACAGGACGCCAGCCUCCUGCACCAGCAGCUCAGGAACGGCAGCGAGAACCUCCGCUCCUGGAUGGAGCACCUCCCUCGCCACGAGCUGGGGCCCUCCGACGGGCCCAGUCAGGUCGCCUACAAGCUGCAGGCCCAGAAGCGUCUGGUCCAGGAAAUCCAGAAUAAAGAGAAAGACAAAAACACAGUAUUCCACUUAUCCCAGGACCUGCAAGCUGCUCUCCAAGAUUAUGAGCUGCAGACAGACAAGUACCGCUGCUCCCUGGACCCCACACUGACUGCAUCUGCCCCCAAGAGACUCCGAAUCACUCCUUUGCAGGAGAGCAUCCAGGCCCAGGAGAAGGACCUAAUCAACCGCUAUACUUCAGUUGCUGCCCAAACGCAGCAGCAGCUGAGUCAGCUGGAGUUUGCCAAGAAGGUGUUGGAAAAGAAGGAAAUCAGUGAGGCUGUCCAGCUGACUCCCCACCCCACGCAGUGGUUGGAGAACCAGCCCCCGGCCAGCAGGGAGUCAGAGAGCCAGGUGCUCAAGUCCCAGCUGGAGGAGGAGAGGCAGCGUGUGGCUCGCGUGCAGCAGGAGCUCCAGGAGCAGAGGAGGCAGCUGCUGCUGCUGAAGACCCAGAAGCCUGUGGAGAGGCUGGAGGAAAAGGAAGUGGUCGAGUUCUACAGGGACCCCAAGCUCGAGAGCAGCCUGUCCAAAAUGAAACACCAGGUGGAGGAGGAGGGCAAGAAGUGGGCCGUCCUGAAGGCUGACCUGGAGGUGAUUAACCAGAAAAUAGCCCGGCUGGAAAAGGAGAAGAACGACAUUCAGCCCCAUUUGCUGACCAAGGAAGUCACCCAAAUCAAGAGGGACCCCACGCUGGACAGCCAGGCAGCCCAGAUCAAUGCUGAGAUUGAACAUCUUCGAGGAGACAACGCCAUCAUCUCUGCCCGGGUGGAACAACUAAAGAAAGAACUAAAGGCCCUGGAACAGAAAGAGGCUAAUGUGAAGGAGAAGGUAGUGGUGAAGGAGGUGGUCAAGUUGGAGAAAGAUCCCGAAAUGGUCAAGGCAUCCUGGGCUCUGAAGCGGCAGAUUGAGGAAGAUGCCGGCCGCAGGAAAGUGGCGGAGGAGGCAACAGUCAAGCUGCAGGCUCGUGUCCAGGAACUGGAGCAGCAGAUCAGCUCCAUGGAGCCCAAAAUCAUUGUCAAAGAGGUGAAGAAAGUGGAGCAGGACCCUGGGCUCCUUAAAGAGUCUGUCAAACUCAGGAACCUCAUUGAGGAGGAGAAGAAGAAGAACAUGGUGCUGACCAGGGAGCUCAAUGACUUGCACAGCAAGUACAGCAUGGUGGAAAAACAGAAGCCCAAGGUGGAAUUCAAGGAGAGAGUCAAUGAGAUCUUCCAGGUGGAUCCAGAGACAGAGAAGGAGAUUGCCCGGCUCAGGGCCGAGCUCCAGGACACCACAAACAAAAGAAGUGCCAUUGAGAAGGAGGUGGAGGGAACCCUACCAGAGCUGACCCUCCUCCGGGCCCAGAAGCCAACGGUGGAAUACAAGGAAGUGAUCCAAGAGGUGGUGAAACAUGAGAAGAGCCCAGAGCUCCUCAGGGAGAUUGACCAGCUGAAGGCCCAGCUCAAUGAUCUCGUCAACACCAAUGGCCGGUCUCAGGAGCAACUCAUCCGACUGAAGGGGGAGCGGGAUGAGUGGAAAAGAGAGAGAUCCAAGGUCGAAACUAAGAUGGUGAACAAAGAAGUGAUACGCUACGAGAGUGACCCGGUCCUGGAGAAGGAGGUGGAGCGUCUCCGGCGGGAGGUGCGGGACACGGUCCAGAAGAGGAGAGCCACAGAAGAUGUGGUCUAUGAGCUUCAGAACAAGUACCUGCUGUUGGAGAGGAGAAGACCCGAGGAGAAGGUGGUGGUCAAGGAAGUGGUGGUUACCCAGAAGGACCCAAAGCUCCACGAGGACCACAGUCGCCUCAGCCGGAGCCUGGAUGAGGAAGUGGCCAACAGGCGGAAGCUGGAGCGCGAGGUGCAGCAGCUCCAGGCCACGGUGGAAGAGAAGGAGAAUCUCCUCAGUUUCCAAGAGGACCGUGACAAAAAGCUAGCAAUCGAGAAGGAACUGCGGCAGCUGAGCCUGAGGAUCCAGGAGAUGGAGCAGCGGCCUCCGGCGGUGCAAGAGAAAAUCAUCAUGGAGGAAGUGGUUAAGCUGGAGAAGGACCCAGACCUGGAGAAGUCUACCGAGACCCUGCGGCGGGAGCUAGACAGCGAGAAGAACCGGGUGAUGGACUUACACCGGGAGUGCAAGAACCUGCAGGUGAAAAUCGACGUCCUCCAGAAGACCAAGUCCCAGGAAAAGACCAUCUACAAAGAAGUCAUCCGGGUGGAGAAGGACCGGGUCUUAGAAACGGAAAGGUCCCGCAUCUGGGAGCUGCUCAACAAGGACCGGGCUGCGAGGCAGAACAGGGAGGAGGACGUGAGGAGGCUCAAGGAGAGGCUCGAGAGGGCCGAGGCGCUGCAGAGGACCUGGUCACGGGAAGAAGCUGACCUCCAGAAGGCCCGGAGCCAGGCCAGCCAGGAGCGAGCCCAGCUCGAGAAGGAGAUGAGGAAGCUCGAGAGGCAAAAGCAGGAGAGGAUGCUCUGCUUCCAGGAGGAGUCCAAACUGCUCAGCCAGAAGACAGAAAGUGAGCGGCAGAAGAAGGCCCAGCGGGGUCAGGAGCUCUCUCAGCUGGAGGAGGCCAUUCUGUGGGAGAAGGACCAGAUCCACGAGAAGGAGAGGACUCUCAGAGAGCUCCAGCUAAAAGUGAAGCAGGAAGAGAUGAACCAGGACACACAGCUGAGGGAGACCAACCUCUCCACAAAGAUCUCCAUCCUGGACCCAGACUCUGGGAAGGACAUGUCCCCGUACGAAGCCUACAAGCGGGGCAUCAUCGACCGGGGACAGUACAUCCAGCUGCAGGAAUUGGAGUGUGACUGGGAGGAGGUCACCACCAUGACCCCGUGUGGAGAGGAGACCCUCCUCCUGGACAAGAAGAGCGGGAAGCAGUACUCCAUCGAGGACGCCCUGCGCUGCAGGAGGAUCACCAAGGAGGAGUACCACCUCUAUAAGGACGGCCGCCUCCCCAUCUCCGAAUUCGCGCUCCUGGUGGCGGGAGAGACCAAGUCUGCCCCCCUCUCCAUAGGCUCCAUCAUCUCCAAGGCCCCCGGCCCCUCCCCGGCCCCCCAAGCCAGCAGCAUCUUCUGCCCCGGCUCCUCCCUUGGCCUCGGUGACGACACCUUUCCCAUCGCGGGCGUCUAUGACACGACCACCGACAAUAAGUGCAACAUCAAGACCGCUGUGGGCAAGAAGAUGCUGGACCCGCUCACCGGGCAGAAGCUGCUCGAGGCGCAGGCGGCCACGGGGGGCAUCGUGGACCUCCUGACCCGGGAGCGCUACUCGGUGCACAAGGCCCUGGACCGAGGCCUCAUAGAGAACACUUCCACCCAGAGGCUGCUCAAUGCCCAGAAGGCCUUCACCGGCAUCGAGGACCCCGUCACGAGGAAGAGGCUGUCGGUGGGUGAGGCCAUCCAGAAGGGCUGGAUGCCCCGCGAGAGUGCCCUGGCCCACCUGCAGGUUCAGCAUCUCACGGGGGGACUCAUUGAUCCCAAGAGGACAGGCCGCAUGCCUCUCCCCCAAGCCUUGCUGGCCGGCAUGGUCAAUGAAGAGCUGGCUCAGCUCCUCCAGGAUGAAUCCAGCUACGAAAAAGAACUGGUCGACCCCAUCUCCAAAGAGCGCCUAAGUUACAAGGAAGCCAUGGCCCGCUGCCGGAGGGACCCAAUGACCGGCCUCCUGCUCCUCCCUGCAACCCAAGAGAACUACUGUUCUUACCGCACGGCCUCCCCUUCCCUGCCACGCUCUCUGUGCUAACGGGAGCAUCCCGGGCACGCUGAGAAGGGGGGAAGGCGGGGGUUAGAGGUCACCUCUUUUUUUAGCUAAAUAAAAUUCCCUUAUACUCUCCAAAGGCAGCCAGAUCCCCGAUCUCUCUCCGUUUAAAUGUUUUAUCAUGAAGAGUGGUCUCUGUAUCUGAGCUCCCCUACCUUAGAUGACUAACAACAUUUCCUUAGCCCCAGAAGUCAGCAUGACUUUGUCCUCUCCAACCAAAUGCAUGCAAUAAACUCCCCUAUCGUCUCA